AUGUAAGGUCCGCAAAAUAUUAGAUAGCCGAUGCAGCAAAUUAUUCCCGGUUAUAUGCCACCAAUUCCAUAAAUGCAUAUGCAAAACAUGUAAGCUAUGCAAGCCCAGUAGUACAGGCAAAUACAACAGUAUCACCAACAAAAUCAAAUGAUCUUUAAUAUGCAGCAACAGUAAUAAAUGCAAAAGCAAAAGGAGCAAGCUCAUCAAACUUUAUCAAAAAAGUUUGGUUACAAGGCUAGUCUUACAGCUCAAUGUGACAAACAUCCAAACUAAAUUAUCAUAUUUGAAGAUGACGACUCUAAGUAUUGUGAAAAAUGCUAUAUUGAGUUAGAUUUAAAAGCCAAGACUGAUUAGUAAACCUCUUAAAGUGAUCAAAACUUAUUAAAUCAACAAAACUUAGAGUAGCAUCAAUUAGGUAGCUAAUAACACCAACAGAAUUCCCGAUAGAUAUAAGAUGGUUAACCAAUUAACAAGCAACAAUAAGUCUUAGUGCUUUAAUCUAAACUCUCAAACCUACUAUAAUCACUUUCAGAUAAAAUUCGAGAAAAGGCUAAUCAUCUAAUUUUAAGUCAUGAAUAAUUAAUCAUCUAUGAGAAGACUCUGGCUGAAAAAUAUGAUCCAGUUUUCGGAAAGAUGAAGGAAAUCACUCAAGAAAAGUAACUUGAUUAUAUGACUUUCUUGCUAAAGUAAUUGAAUCAAAACAGAGAUAGAGUUUAACUUGAAAAGAUCACACUAGAAAAACUAAUGAAAUCAUUCUAUGAUGUUGGCGACAAACUUGGUAAUGUACUUGAGUCAGAAAUGAAAGUAAUUGAAGUUAAAGAUAAAGAAUCACAAAAGAUUGUCUAAAAAGAGCAAGAAUAGCAGAAACCAAACUAUGUUGAAGAAGAGGAUAAAGAUGAGGACAUUUAAGAGAGUCAUGCUAAGGUAGAUAGCUAUAAAAUAGAGGGUGUUAGCACUAUGAUUGAAGACUUUGAUAACAUUAUAGCCAAGAAUUAUUGUGUAUAUACCAACUAUGAAGACUUCUCAUUUGCUCAGACAAGAAAUAAGGAAUAAUUAGAGGAGAAUUUCAAAAUUUUUGUGCAAAAAAAUUUCUCAGGAGAUUUCCAGAUAUAAAAUUGGUUCGAUCAAGAAGUGCUUCCAAGACUUCAUUUCCUCUAAUAAAAAACUAAAUUCAUCAACACCUACAAAAUCUUGCACUUUAACUCUGAAUGUUAACUCAUUGCAAACACAUUUGUCUUCCCAGAAAAAGGUAGACAUAUUGUGACACCAGAGGGACAACUCUAUUAUUUCGGAGGCUAUUUCCAAAACAUGAGACUUUUUUCUUAAAAUAAUUUCAUUCUUGAUGAACAUAGAUAAAUUUUAGUUCCUCUAACUAGCAUGAGUUAAGGUAGAGCAGACCAUGCAUUAUUGAAUUUUAAAGGACAAAUCUAUUGUUUUGGAGGUAUGGCUUAUACUGAUCCAAACUAAAAAACAACUGUUCAAAGUAUUAAUUCAUGCGAAGUAUACAAUAUCAAAGAAGAUAAAUGGCAAGUCCUUCCCCCUUUUAAACAUUCAAGAUAAGCAUUUGGAGUUUGCCCAUUCAACGAUAAAUACAUAUUCAUUUUUGGAGGCAAAAUUUUGAGACCAGGUUAAAGUAUGGCAAACAACUUAGCCUAUGAUUUUGUGAGUGAAGUAGAAUGCUAUGAUAUUGACAGAAGCAACUGGAGAGUAAUCAAUUACAUUUCAGAGAGCAAUAAAUUGAGAAUAUUGCAUCCAGGUACUGUCUAAAUAAGUGGAAAGAAAAUUAUGAUUUUUGGAGGUAUCAUUCCACCUAUUGAACAUGAAGAAGAAAAUUAAGCUCUUGAAAAUGGAUAAAGAGUAACAGUUAGCAACUAAAACAUUCAAUUCAAUGUAACUAAUGGUGAACUUAAGAGAGGUAAUGAUCUUAUCAAGCCAUUUUACUGCGUGAAUGGAGGCUCAGUUUGUGCUCAACAAGGAAAGAUAUAUGCAUUAGGCUUUGGAAUAAGCAAAGAAUCAUCAGGAUUUUCUUUCCUAUCAGCUGAUUCGCAAUAGUAACAGCAACCUCAUACUAUCAGUGAACUGAACCCUAACAUGGAUAAGAAGGUUUUGCAGUGCUACAAAGCUGAGGAAGAUGAAUGGACUGAAAUCCAAGAGGGUCUAUUUACAGGUCAAAGAAAGAGAUCCCUCGAAGAUAAUCUUGAGGAAAUGUUCUGA